AUGACACCACAUAAGAGGCGCGAAAGCAUCCCUCGCAUCUUCCGGGCCACUGUCCGACCCAUCAAGGAAUUCUUGAAAACAUCACGGCGCGAGCGGUCCGUGGCGGCACCGGAGGCAGAGCCCAGUUCGCCAGGUCUUGUUCCUAGCAUCCAUCCGGGGCUUCCAACACCGGACCCAACCCCCUCCAAGCGGAAGGCAUCGACCUCAGCACCCUCUUCACCGACGACAACUCGGCCUCAGAGUAAGCGCCAGCUCCUAAAGCUACCGUUGAACCUCUUUCCCAGGAAAUUCCACAGUUCGGGCCAGUUUCCGUCACCCCCAGCUGGCCCUAGCCCCCAGUUGUUAGUUCCGUGGCAGACGGGGACAGCCCUCGACGCAGCGGCGGACUACGAGAGCGACAGGGUCUCAGUGCAGAGAUCCUGCCAGGCUUCCAGAAGCGCCGGCAGUCUGGCAUCCGAUCGGGGCCGGGCUCGGGCAUCUGCCCGGGCAUCAGACCAAAGUGAUGCAAAUCGAGUGCUGAAGACGAUCAAAGAUCUCAAGAGCGAAACGUACAAGGUUGAGACAGUAGGACAGGGUGGAAAGUACCUGGUUCAACGGAAACUUCAAAGGCCUGGCUACAAACUGCUGUUGAGGAAAUUGGCAGAGGAGGAUAAGAAAUUCGAAGGGAAGGACAAAAGUAUUCUGCAGGAAUAUGUCAAAAAGGAACUCCGGCAAGUCCACCGGAUUUCUACCCCAAUUAUGGCAGCUGUGCUCAUGGGUAAUAGUUACGACUACAUUCCUCGCCCUUGCAAAGGUGAGAAACAGUUCAUGGUCCACAUGCCGUCCCAUAUGCACGAGGGCAUGGCGGGGGCGCUCAACAAAGUGAUCAUCGAAUGGCUCGGUCAAGUAAAAAAUGGGCAACACUGCAAAAUCGAUGACACUCUGAAGACGACAAAGAUGGUUGCACAAGAGAUGGACUCCUUUUUAGCCACACGCGUGAAAGUCAACCAUGAAACUCGCCAGGAACCAGACCUCUCCUUCAGCUAUAAAGCAGGCCGGACUGCCGGUCUCGUAGUUGAGGUAGCAUGGUGUCAGUACAAAUUGAAAUUGGCAGAAAGAGCCGAUCGAUACAUCAGAGGAACCGAGGGCAAAGUCCGCACUGUCAUCGGUAUCAAUUUGAAUGACAUAUAUAAGGGCGGGAAGGAGGCGUGGUUCUCCGUAUGGAAUGCCAAGUUUGACGGGUCAAGCAAACGUUGGACCCGAGAGAUCACAGUUGACCAAAAGAUUUUCAUCGACAGCGAUGGAGAUCCUGUCGAAGAGUGCGAGUUGUGCCUUUCCCUCAAAGAUUUCGUAUCUGAACAGGCGGCGAGUAGAAUAGGAGACUUUGAAGAUGUGUCGAUCAAGAUCUCCUCGAAAGAACUUCACCAAUUUUAUAUGAGGUCACUUCAGCCGCAGUUAUGUGCCGAGAUAGAUGAUGAGCGGGAACUGGUAAGAGAGGAAGUGAAAGAGGACCUUGAAAAUAUCUCGGAGGUGGAAAAGACCUUGUAA